AUGGUGAAGAGCACCGAGCGCGUCUGCUACUACGAGACCUUAGGCCUCGAACCCAACUGCUCAAUGGAUGAUGUCAGACAUGCCUACCAUGAACUUUCCAUAAUAUACCACCCGGACAAAUACAAGUCCAGUUGCGGCAUGACAGAAGACGAAGCCGCCGCCAAAUUCCUAGAGAUCAAAGACGCCUACAACAUUCUCAAAGAACCCGAUGAGCGGGCCUUCUACGACUCCUACCGCCAGACCUACGCUGUCCCAGAGGCUUUCAACCCCGACCUCAAAGCCGCUUUCGACGAAAGGAAUGACCUACCGUGGGAUUCGGUUCACAAGCCUCCGGACAUGGGCAAUCUCGAGAGCCCGUAUCCCGAGGUUGUUAAGUUUUACAACUACUGGCUCAACUUUAGUUCCAUAAUGGAUUUCUGCUGGGAGGACCCGUAUGAUGAGUAUGAUCUCAGUAGGGUCAUCCGCAGGGGGUAUAAGCGGUGGUUGAAAAAGAAUAUGAAAGCGAGGAAGAAGGCUAAGAAGGAGUACAACAACAAGGUGCGGGAUUUGGCACAUAAUGCGAAGAGGCUGGACAAGAGGGUCAUGCAGAUGAUGGCGAAGAGGGAGGAGGAAAGGAAGAGGGAGAUGGAGAAGGAAAGGGAGAGGAGGAAGCGGUUGAAGAAGGAGAAGCUGGCGAAGGCCGCUAUGGAGUAUGAGGAGCCGGAGUGGACCAAAGUGGUUGAGAGGAAGAGAAAAUAUGGUGAUCCUGAGGAUGAGAAGGAAAAGGAGAGAGAGGAAUGGGAGUGCGUGGUUUGUAGAAAGGGGUUUAGGAAUGAAAAGCAGUGUCGGAAUCACGAGCAGUCGAAGAAGCACCUCCGCAUGGUUAUGGAGUUGCUGAAGUUGAAACAUUAUGAUAUGGUUGCGGAGUUGAUUGAGGUAGAGAGAAAUUAUUAA